AUGAGUGGGAAACGAACAACAUUACUAUUACACUCUGGCAAUAAUAAUAACGAAACCAAAGUAGUUCGAGUUGGCGUUGGAGUUUUGGUCAAGGAUGCUCGAGCUCCUGAUCGAGUGUAUUGUGGUAUUCGAAAAGGCUCUCAUGGAGCUGGAUCAUUGGCAUUACCGGGAGGUCAUUUGGAAAUGUUUGAAUCCUGGGAAGAGUGCGCCAUUCGAGAAGUGAAAGAAGAAACCAAUUUAGAUUUGGGAGAAGUUUCUUUUGGUCACGUCACAAAUGAUGCAAUGGAAAGGGAAAACAAACAUUACGUUACUAUCUUCAUGCUCGCGAAAUGCAAGGCGCCUGAUCAACGGCCGAAAACGAUGGAACCGAACAAAUGUGAAGGAUGGAACUCUUAUUCUUGGAGUGAAUUGGAAAAGGAGCAUUUGGAAGGAAAUUUGUUUGGUCCUUUGGGUCGACUAGUCAAGGAUCGUCCAAGCAAAGUAAUGGAGUUCUUAGGGUUGGAUUUGAGUUAA